UGCACGGGACAAACCUCCCACCGAAUAGUAUAUGCUUUUCAAUCAAAGAAAAUGACUCCUAUCUUAAACAAAUACUCUGACCAGGUGACUCCUUCAACAAACAGGAACAUAAUUUCCAACCCUAAUACUGAAAGAAUUGCCUCCUGCACAUUUUGUGUUUUGCUUUCUUCCUCUGUAACAAAAAUGACAUGAGCUUAUAGAAAGUACCAAUGAGCACUGCAAAUACCAUUUUAAGUGGAUGAGAUGGUGCUUCUUGAAAUCAUUUUUGUUAUAGUACGUAGAAAGCCUUAAUUACUGCUUGAGAAUGGAAAGCCUCCACUUUCUUAUUCUACUAAUGAUUCUAAACAGCACAAGUGGAAGCACAGAUAUGACUGCAGGGAUUACAGAAAAAACAGAAGUAGAGGAAAGAAUCCAUGCCUUUUCUGCGGAUUAUAGCCUGGUCCAAAUCCCUUAUGAAAUCACCCUAUGGAUCAUCCUGGCUUCCUAUGCUAAAAUUGGAUUUCAUCUGUACCACAAACUGCCAGCAAUAAUGCCUGAAAGCUGCAUUCUGAUAGCUAUUGGUGUACUACUGGGAGGAAUCAUUUUUGGGACAGAUCACAAAGCGCCACCUGCAAUGAGAACUGAUAUUUAUUUCCUUUAUCUGCUGCCUCCAAUUGUGCUUGAAGGGGGAUACUUUCUACCCACGCGCCCCUUUUUUGAGAACAUUGGAAGCAUUAUCUGUUGGUCUGUGAUGGGGACACUUAUUAAUGCCUUUGGCAUUGGUCUUUCUCUAUAUGCCAUUUGUCAGAUUGAAGCCUUUGGAUUAACUGAUAUUAAUCUACUACAAAGUUUGCUCUUUGGAAGCCUGAUAUCAGCAGUUGAUCCGGUGGCUGUCCUUGCUGUCUUUGAAGAGAUAUCUGUAAAUGAACAGCUAUAUAUGAUGAUCUUUGGAGAAUCUCUGCUGAAUGAUGGAAUAACAGUGGUGCUGUAUAAUAUUUUUCUUUCAUUCACACAAAUGCACACCUAUGAAAGCAUUGAACCCGUAGACAUUUUUGCAGGCAUCGGGCGUUUCUUUAUGGUUGGAAUUGGCGGUGUGUUUAUCGGGAUCAUAUUUGGAUUCUUCACUGCUUUUAUCACACGAUUCACCAAGAACAUAACUUCUAUUGAACCCCUUCUUGUUUUCAUGUUCAGCUACCUGUCAUACCUGUCUGCAGAGGCCUUCUACCUCUCUGGAAUCUUGGCUAUGACAGCUUGCGCAAUGACUAUGAAGAAAUAUGUGGAAGAAAACAUCUCCAAGAAUUCAAGCACAACUAUUAAAUAUUUUAUGAAGAUGUUGAGCAGCGUGAGCGAGACUCUUAUAUUUAUCUUCAUGGGCGUCAGCACAGUUGGAAAAAACCAUGAAUGGAACUGGGCUUUUGUCUGCUUUACUCUACUCUUUUGCCUGACAUGGCGAGCUCUAAGUGUUUUUCUUCUUUUUCCAAUAAUAAAUUGUUUCCGGACAUACCCAUUCACUUUUAAAGAUCAAUUAAUCAUUACAUACAGCGGUUUACGGGGAGCCAGUAGUUUCUCACUUGUAUUCUUGUUGCCUAUUCUCUUAUUUCCAAGGAAGAAAUUGUUCAUCACUUCAACCCUUGUAGUUAUAUACUUCACAGUGUUCAUUAAGGGUCUGACUAUUGGACCUCUGGUAAGAUAUCUGAAUGUGAAAAGAAUAUCAAGGGAACAAACGGUCAAUCAAGAAAUUCAUACUCGGUUAAUGGGUCACCUGAAGACAGGAAUAUCAGACAUAUGUGGCCUCUGGGGUCACUAUCACAUGAAAGAAAAAUUUAAAAAACUUGAUAAUAAAUUUCUACGGAAAGCGCUUAUCCGAGAACAUCAGCCUAAAUCAAGUAUUGUCUCUCUGCAUAAAAAGCUUGAGCUUAAACAAGCCAUUGAAAUGACCAGGUUUGGAAUUAGCAGAGAUACUUCUUCAUCCUCUCUACAAAAAAGAAAUACUUCAAACACAUUUUCCACUGAAGACAUAAUUCACAUGAAAGAUAUAUUAACAAACAGUCUCUAUCACAUUCGCCGAAGGACAUCUUCAUAUGUAAAGUAUAACUUACCGAAAGAAGAUAAUGAAAGACAAAACAGAGAAAUCCUCACUCGUCGCUAUUCAAGUAUGAGGAAAGGAAACAGUCUGCCCUGGGGAAGACAGACAAAUGUCCGGAAUGUACGCUAUUUAUCACUGCCCCAUGACCGUUAUAAAACAAGAGAAGAUCAUAACCUGCAUUUUUUGCAAGGUCAAGAUGAUAGCAAUUCUGUAUUUAUGGAGCCAGCAGGGAUCCUAACUAGGCCUGGUACCAACUUACCACCUUCACCAUCACAAAAUCUUAAAGAAAAUGCUGGAAUGGAGGAAACCAGGAGUAGGACUAGAACAGGGACUUGGCCAAUCAAAAAGAAUGAGCCCCAGAAACAGCUCAUUGCAAGACCAAUAUAUCAGCCAACUAAAAAGAAGCCAUAUUUUGAUAUAGUCCUUGAGGAAGAUGAUGACCAUGUGGAUGGCCAUGACAUCCUAUAGAAAUAGAUUAAAUAAAAUAUGGUAACCAUGCUAAAGAUUUAAAAAAGCUGCAGAUACUGGCCAUUGAGCACAAUCUGGUAAGAAGAACAUAUAUACUUGGUUUUAAAAAGAUUUAUUGAAAAUGGAUUACAGAGCCAUUAAGUAGUCAAUGUACAGUAUUUGAAUUAUUUAUUGGAGAAUAAGAAUAAUGUAUAUUGUCACUUUAAAUUAGAAGUCCACCCUAACACUAAAAUCCCUGCAUCUACACACAUCCACAAUCUAGCACUAACCUAUUGCCCUGUAAAGAAGAAAUCAGUAUAUAUACCUUUUUUUAAGCCGAUACAGUCCGGUCUUUAGCAGUGAAAAUCUCUGCAGAGGACACAGCCGACAAUGGCUGUGAAAUGAAUGGAAAGUGGCAUCACCAAUAGCGUUACUAUGGGUCUUUCGUUGUUGGCUGCCUUCUCUGCACCCACCUCCAUAGCAAAGCCGCAGUUGACAGCUCAGCGUGGGAUCGGGUCGGAUCGGCUUUAGGAAAAAAAAUUAAUACUGAUUUCUUGUUUACAUGGUUAUAUAGGUUAGUGUUAGAUCGUGGAUGUCUGUAGAUGCAUUGAUUUUAGUGUUAGGGUGGACUUCUAUUUAGGUGUCAAUCUGACCAACAAGUGAUACUUAUUUUUUCCUGAAACUCACAUGACUAAGAAAUCAUGUACUAUGACCAGCAGCACCAAAAACUCAGUAUACUGAAGGAUGACCUAGACAUUUCCAAUUUUACUUAUUUAGACUUUUACAAAAAGGUUUUCCAAGAUUGCUUUUAUCACUUCUUGGUACCACAAGCACAUGUGCAACCACAGUGGUUUUUCCAUGGGUAAUGGGUAAUAUAUUUAUGUAAAUGCCAUUGUUAUAAAACGUGGAACUGGAGUAUUAUUCUGUGAAAGGUUAAAAAUGUACUUUGAGUGUAAUUAAUUUAUAAUAAACUUUAAAACGAAA